UCCUGCUGAAUGUUCCUCCUCCAUUGCGCUCUUUAGAUCCUCCCACCCUUAUUUUUCUCUCUUCUUUGGUUUCAAGAUAUCCAAAGUUUGGAUAUUGCACAGAUUGAAAAUUUCAGACUGGUGUAUCUCUGGAAUUCAGGUGUUUCCUGCCUCAGUAGCUGACGUUCUUAGGCGUAUCAAUGGCGUCGACAAGUAACAGUCAGAGCAGUAUUCAAGAUGACGAUGAUCAAGAAGAAGAGAUUGAGCAUUUUGAUGACUUUACUCUAGCCUCCUCGUGGGAAAGGUUUAUAUCUGAAAUAGAGGCUGUAUGUCGGCAAUGGUUGGCUACUGGUCCCAAAAAUUUGGUGAAAAAAGAUGCAGUUUGUUUGGAUUUCUCCAAGAACAUAUAUAAGGUCAGAUCAGAGUUGAAAUAUGCUAUGAAGAACUACAGCAUGGAAUACUAUUUUGAACCCUUUAAUGAUGGAAAAGUUGCAGACUGGAUUUCUACAUCGCAUGAUCUGCAGCAAUCUUUUGGGGUGAAAGACUUUCUGGUGAUUGCUCCUCAAAGUGCUAGUGGUGUAGUUCUUGAUGCACCAGAGGCUAGCAAGCUCUUAAGUGCAGUUUCAAUAGCUAUGUCAAACUCUUCCAGCUUGUGGCCAGCAUUUGUUCCUGUACAUGAUCCUUCUCGUAGAGCUUACAUUGGAAUUCAGAAUAUGGGAACCAUUUUUACUAGAAGAUUUGAGGCAGACCGCAUUGGUAGCCAAGUCCCAAUAAAGCUUAUGCAUUUGGAGGGUUUGUACGAACUUUUUGUUUCUAAAUUUGCGUAUUCAACUGUGGACUUGUCAAUGCAUCUUUUCAAAGUCCAUUUUAGGAUGAAGCUAACCUACAGAACCCUUCCCACUGAUGAUGACCCUGAAGUACAGCAGGAAUCUGAAUUCCUGGAAUCUGGCAGGCAUUCUGAAUUUGAGACUCAUAACAAAAUACAGUGGGAUGAUGAUUGUCCUUGGAGUGAGUGGUAUUCUGCAGAAGAUCCUGUAAAAGGACUGGAGCUCCUUACUAUAUGGUCUGAGAGAACAGUUGAUACUUCUCUAGUUAUGGCUGAACUGGAAAACGCUUCACCUCUUGAAGCUGACAAAUGGUUCAUAUUUCCAAAUUUGUCUCCUUACCUAGAGACUUCAGAUGGAAGCACCAUAGGAUUUGCUUCACAAUUGCGCCUACUGGUUAACGCAUUGGAUUCGUCCUUGGGGGCUCAAUUUAUGGAGGAUUUUGUUUCAGCAGUUGAAAAUUCAGGCUCUGACAAUAUGAAGUCUUCAGCUGUUAUACCUCCGCCCACAGUUCUUGAUCGUGUGCUCAAAGAUCUCUUUCAUGAGGAUGCAGAAGUAAAACUUGAUUUUGCUGAUGCUGAGAAUAAGAACUCUCGAGCUAUUAAAGGAGCCCCCCUUGAAUCUCUUUUUGCACAAUUUUGUUUACAUGCCCUCUGGUUUGGCAACUGCAAUAUACGUGCCAUUGCUGUACUCUGGAUUGAGUUUGUUCGAGAAAUUCGUUGGUGUUGGGAAGAGUCACAGCCACUGCCACGAAUGCCAACCAAUGGCACAGUUGAUCUGUCUACCUGUUUGAUCUACCAGAAGUUACACAUGCUUGCAAUAUGCAUUGAGAAGAAGCAUCAAGAGAACAAAGAACAUCCAGAUGUUGGGGACAAGAAAACUUCUCCUUACAUUGAGGGCAAAGCUCAGAUUACUAAACAGUCAUCUUCUUUACUUGAAGUGACUGAGGAUUCUAGCGGAGAACGUGACAGCCUAACAGCUAGAAAUGAUUUGGGAAGCCAUGGAGUUGCUACAUCUUUGUCCAAUUCUGAGCAACAGAAUUUUGCAAGCCCUACUGACACAAAGUUGUCAGAAUACAUCAGGAUGGGAUCAGCUGGCGUUGUGGGGUCCACGAUGCUUUUGAAUUCAUGCCAGCAAAUGCAUGCUCCCUUCACCCAGGAUCCACCUCUUAUGACAGAAGACAUGCAUGAAGAACGACUCAAAGCAGUUGAAGCAUUUGGCGAUUCAUUUAGCUUUUCUGCUCAACUGGAGAAGGAAAUCUUGUCUUCAGACAUGUCAGCAUUUAAAGCUGCGAAUCCUGAUGCUGUCUUUGAAGAUUUCAUCCGAUGGCAUUCACCUAGAGAUUGGGAAAAUGAUGAUAAUGGGAAGCUUGCAGUUUCUCAAGCUAAAGCAGGUGAAGUUUCAAAGAAUGAGUGGCCUCCUAGAGGAAGACUUUCAGAGAGAAUGUCUGACCAUGGGAGUUCAUGGCGAAAGAUUUGGAAUGAAGCCCCUUCAUUGCCUGCUUUUAAGCAAAAGCCGCUUCUGGAUCCAAACAGAGAAGGGGAAAAGGUUCUUCAUUAUCUGGAGACCAUGCGUCCACAUCAAUUACUGGAACAAAUGGUUUGUACUGCUUUUAGAGCAGCAGCUGACACACUAAAUCGGACUGCAUUUGGGGGCUUAAAGCUGAUGACAUCCAAAUUAGGGCAACUUUACCUUACCAUGGCUUCUACAUUGAAAUCUUUGCAGAGAAAUAGCUUAUCUGUUGACAGUGAGAUUAUUGAAGACCUGACAAGGCUAUGUGUCAUUUUUGAACACGUUGAGAAGUUACUGACCGUAGCAGCUUCACUUCAUCGUAAGUUCUUGCAAGCACCACGGCUAUCGGAAGCAAUUUUCAGUGACUUCUACAACUUUUACCUUCCAAAAAUGGGAACGGGUUCUGGGAGCCAUGAUAUAGACAAGUCGCAGGAGUUCACUAAGAAGCAACAAAUAAUGGCACGGGAGAAGGAAGUGGUCGCAAGCAUGUUUACUCCGCCAACUGCCAAUCAGUCUUGGAGGAAGGUAUUAAGCCUGGGAAAUCUUCUCAAUGGCCAUGAACCAAUUUUGAGGGAAAUAAUAUUUUCCAAGCGUGAUCAUGUUAGCGGAGGUUAUUAUGCUGGCAGCUAUGCUGGGGGAUAUCCACAGGAGAUAGAAACCUAUCGGAUGUAUUUAUGUGGCACCUCUAAUGAUCUCAGGGUCGCACUAGCCGUUGCAUCAUGUGACUGAUAUGUAACUGCAGAUUCCACCUUGAUAGCGAGUGUAGUAAUAGUAUUCUUCGGUACCACGUAAAUACCAUUCUUUGGUGCCGUGUAUGUAUUUAUAUUCAUUCUAAAUGUUAUGAUAGGUAAUUUCAAAAAUAUAAAGAAAAUGUGAGGAGAUAUAUUUUAACCAAAUCCCUCGAUUUGAAGACCUGGUGCAGGCUUCUAACAAGAAAAAACAAAGAAAUAGCAGUCUUGGUGCGUAGUAAUUGAAAUUUCGCAUUCUUUUGGUGCGUUAUCAA